CUUGUCAGUACGUCCGUGAGUCGAGCAGUUCAUCUUUGCACAAGCAGUGCCCCGCAAAGAACGGUGGACUGUGCUCAAGAAUUCGACGACGGCAAUGCCCCUGUAUACAUGCGAUUACUCUGGCUGCAAGCGACCAGCUGUGCGCGGGCGCGCCUUUGUUCUGUGUAAUCGCCACAUCUGCGCCACGCAUCUAGAAUCGGAGGAACAUCACAAAUGCCCUCUUGCUGCUGUGAUUCCAUCGCGGCAUCGUCUUUUCAGAAGGAUUACGAGCAUUGGGCGCAAGAAAGCGCGCGAGCUGCGCGGGAAGAGAUGGCAGCCAUUACAGGCUAGAGCGAGUGCCCUCAGAGGGGGGAUCGCAUGCGUUAUCCCCGCCGACGCUUGCUCAGCGGAGGUCCUCCAAAAUAGGAUGGGUGGGCAGAACUACCACAUCGAAGUCUCGUUCACCGACGGGAUAUCCUGGCUGUGCCGCGUUCAGCGCCAAAACGCCGAAUCUCCGCCCCUCGAAAUCCCCAAUCGGGUCCUUCUGAGCGAAGCGGCGACGUUGCAGUUCCUCUCGACGACUUCCGUAUCCGUUCCGAAGGUGUAUGAUGUUCUGCCCCAAGGUCCGGGAAACGAGGUCGGGGCUGGGUAUAUGCUCGUGGAGAAAAUCGACGGCCAUCCUCUGGAUUGGUAUAGUCUCGAUGACGCGGGAAAACGAAAGGUCUUGAAACAAUUCGCCACUAUACAGGCGGAACUGGCUAAGCACCCUCUCCCUGCCAUUGGGUGCCUGAAGCAGCCUGGUUCGGUUCAGAUCGGACCCCUCGUCCACGAAAGGACGGCUACGAAGAGCGAGAGCGGGGAACUAAUCCUGCUGGGCCCAUUCAAGUCUGCGCUCGACAUGUACACGGCGUUCGCGAAGCGACAAAUCGAGAAUAUCCUGAACGAAGAACUCUACGUCGACAAUCCCACCACUCCCCUGCUUGUCUACCGAUACCUUCUCGACAUCAUGCCCGCGAUCCUGCCCAAGAGACCCGGAGGUAAUGGCGAGUUUUACGUCAAGCACAUGGAUGACAAAGGCGAUCACAUCUUCGUCGACGAAUCGCUCAACAUCGUCAGCAUAAUCGACUGGGAAUGGGCCCAGACGAUGCCCAAGGAGCUCGCGUUCUGCGCACCUCUAUUCCUGUUAGGCGUCGGGGAGUUCUACGGUGGCAAUAACAACCUCUCUCCGGACGAGGCUCUGUUGAUUUCUGCACUGGAGACCUCCAGGAGCGAAGACCUUGCUAUCUGCGUCCGCAAUGGGCGUAUUUAUCACCGUCUUGUCUUCUGUCUAGAGGAGAACGUUGAGAAUGAAGAGACCUACGCACCGUUGGUAUGUGGUCUUCGCAAGAUGAUAGGACUCUCAGAACAUGAUAAUCCAUCGGAUUGGGCGGCGUGGAAGAAAAAGGCCGAGCUCACUUAUGCACAUGAUAGGGACUUCAGGGCACUGCAGCGCCAUUUGGAGAAGAGCGGCAGGCGCAGGACGGGUACCAUUGAUAGCUGA